UUUUUUUUUUUUUUUACUUCUAAUUGUCCCUUGAACGUCGGUGUUCCUUGUCUUUCACCCUUUCCUUUACCUUUCUCACCCUUAAACAAGUCCCACCCACUCUUUAGCUAUUUAUAUACAUGUUGGGUACUCCUAAAUCCUAAAGCCCUAACUUUUCUCUUGACCUGAAACCUGCCUACUGGACUUCUUCGUUUGAAUGUCCUACAGAUAAUUCAGACUCAACAUGUGAAAAGAGGAAAUAACCCUUAUGUUCCCUAUCUCCCUUGAAAGCAUUACCUUCCCUUGAUCACUCAUACUUGAAACCUCAAAGUCAUCUUUUACUUCUCUCACAUUUGAUUACCAAAUCCUGACAAUUCUACCUAGACAAUGUAUCUCAAAAUUUUCCCUUUUAAUUUUUAUUUUCACUGUCCAGUAGUCUAGUACUCAACCUUGGUUACUGCUCAGGUCUUAGGUCUUGUAAUUAAUUUCCCUGUUUUUAGUCUUCCUGAGCUCCAGUCAUCCACCUUCCACAUUGCCACCAGGCCUCUGCUUAAACUUUACUUUUAGGAAAAGGCUGAACUCCUUGAUACAGAAUUGAAGGCCUUUCCAAUCUGAUUCCAGUCUACCCUUCUAAGGUGAUUUUCUGCCUUAUAUACCCGAUCUCUCCUGCUCACUGUCCCCUCUUCAGCACCCCCACCAAACUAUACACACAUGCACACACUUUGUGUUCACCACCCUGCUUCUGUCUAAAAUAACCACCUUUCUCUUGUUACAUCAUUGUUUACCUGUGAGACAUGAUUUAAAUAUCCCUUUCUUUAUGAAACCCUCUGGGCAUAUUUCUUCCCUUCUAUGCCCUUUUUUUUUUUUUUUAAUACCUUAGGCAGAAUUAGCUUAUUUAAUCUUUCUGCUUGUAUAUUUCAUUGCUCAUACCCCUAGUAUGACACAGAAUAUUCUGGUUGCUUAUUGAUAUACCUGCCUGCCUUUCUCAACCAUGAGCUAUGGGCAGGGAUCACAGCUCUAUCUUUGUACGGGCAGGACCUAAUUAAGUACCUUUUUAAGACUGGGACCUACUAGAUACUUGCUGAAUUGAAUGAAUAGCCAGCUCACUGUAUCCCUGUAGUCAGUGGGGUCAAAGGUAAAUUAUUGGGCCAUUGCAGGCUUGAAUUGGGGAACCCUAAUGAAAAUUCCUGGGUGGCGCAAAAGGUUAACUUGCUCAGCUGCUAACACGAAGGUUGGAGGUUCAAGUUCACCCAGAGGCACCUGGGAUCUACUUCCAAAAAAUCAGCCGUUGAAAACCCUAUGGAACACAGUUCUCUGACACACAUGGGGUCACCAUGAGUCAGAAUUGACAGCAACUGUUAAUGAAGUUCCUUGUGUAUGUGGAAUCCAGGAAGCCUUUACUCUUCCCUUGAGGUCAUUUCUCUGGACCUUCCUAAUCCCUCAGCUUUCAGGUUCUUUCUCUAUCACCAUCUUAAUUUUAAGUCCUGAUCACCCAGAGCAGGUGUAGUUCCCAUAAACUUGGAGGGAAUGUCUGUCUUUGAGAAGGGUAAUUAUCUAAGGCCAUGGGGUACGGAGACUUACUUCCUGCCUCUUAUCCCUGCUCCCACUCUGAGGAGAUAAAGUCUCCUGAGAUACUCCAGACAUAAGAAGCUAUUUAUCCUUCCAUUCCUCCUCCUUGUCCCCCAGACCUAUCUGAUCUGAGAGCUGGUAAAGGAAGAUGAUGCCAGAAGUAAGAAUAACAUUCCACCGUCCUGUCAGGGCCCUGCAGACUCCUGGAGGGGCUGACAGAAAGAUAGGCAAUAGUCCACUUGCCCCUAGCUCUGGUCAUUCCUCCAGCUUCUGCUUCACAACUAUUGUAGCUUUUGCCCUCUCUUUUCAUCCAGGCUACCCCAGGAGAAAGGUCCUAGAAUUAAAGUUAGUACUCAGACCCUCAUGCCUGGUCCAAACUAGUUAAUUCCCAGAAAGGGUUCCCAGGCAGCCACCAGGGGGACAGAAGGCUAGGAGAAAAAAAAAAAAUUUAGCAGGGAACUAAUUCCCUCUGACCGUAAUUCUCAUGGAACCCAGCUGCUCACAGGUGUGGAAAUAAUUACCUAUUACGUUGCUUCUCAACGCCAGGGAAGAGCCAGACGGAGCUGGACUUCGGUUGCUGCGUUGUGACACAAGCCAUAGACCUCUCCUUCCAUCUCCCUGCUGACAUCCCUUCACAUUUUAUAGCUUCUGCAACUUAGGGAGGUGUAGGAUGUGUGUUAUUCAUCACUGGAGGCGUCCUCUGCCCCCUCACCACAGCCUGAAUUUCUCCUAUGUCUGCUGACCUCUGGUGGUGGUAGUUUGAACUAUAUCCUCCCUUCCUAGUUAGUGGGCUGCUGGCAGGUAGUGUGGUGUAUAUUUUCUCCACAAUCCAAAGUCAAAUAUUCAAGUAUUAAAUGCAUUUUGAUUGCUGAAUUUUGUUAUUUGUUUUUAGGCAGGAUGAUAUAAUGCAAAGAGCAGAGCCUGGGCUUUGGAGUCAGACUGUUGUUUUUGUGUGCCAUCAAAUCAGUUCUGACUCAUGGCAAUGCUAUAGGGCAGAGUAACCUGCCCCAAAGGGUUUCCUUGGCUGAAAUCUUUAUGGCAUCAGAUCGCCAGGUCUUUUCUCCUGCUUAGAGGCUGGUGGGUUCGAACUGCUGACCUUUAGGGCUCCUGGAGUCAGACUUAUCUAGGUUCAAAUCCCAGCUCUAUUUUCUAGCAGAGUGACUUUGGGCAGGUUACCUAAACUCAGCGUUUUUACCUAUGUAGUGAAGAUAAUGAACAUCUCAGUGGGAGAAUUAGAUGAGGUGAUUGUAAAAUGCAUAGCACUAGCUGUUCCUAGUAUGCAGUAGGUGCUCAGUAAAAAAAAAAAAAGUUUACCUCUUCAAUAAUGGUGAUUUGUUCAGUGUGUGACUCGAUGUGAUUUUUUUGUAUUGUGGUAAAAUACGCAUAAUAUAAAAUUUACCUUCAUAACCAUUCUCAGUGUGAUUUUUAAACUCUGAGAAGUUUUAUAUAAAUGCUUCCUGAUUCUGAGUUUGGAAAGUGAGGUCAAUUCUAAUUGUUGUUAGGUGCUGCUGAGUUGGUUCUGACUCAUAGCGACCCUAUCUACAACAGAACGAAACACUGCCCAGUCUUGGCACCAUUCUCAUGAUUGUUGCUAUUUUGAGCCCAUUGUUGCAGCCACUGUGUCAAUCCAUCUCGUUGAGGGUCUUCCUCAUUUUCAGUGACCCUCUACUUUAGCAAGCAUGAUGUCCUUCCCCAGGGACUGGGCCCUCCUGAUAACUUGUCCAAAGUACGUGAGACGAAGUCUCUCCAUCCUUGCUUCUAAGGAGCAUUCUGGCUGUACUUCUUCCAAGACAGUUUUGUUCAUUCUUCUCGCAGUCCAUGGUAUAUUCAAUAUUGUUUGCCAGCCCAAUAAUUCAAAGACAUCAAUUCUUCUUCGGUCUUCUUAUUCAUUGUUCAGCUUUCACGUGCAUAUGAAGUGAUUGAAAAUACCAUGGCUUGGGGCCAUGGUCCUCAAAGUGACGUCUUUGCUUUUUAGCUUUAAAGAGGUCCUAUGAGUCGAAAUUGACUCGACGGCAAUUGGUUUGUUUUUUUUUGUUUGUUUGUAGCAGAUUUGCCCAUUUGAUUUCUUGACUGCUGCUUCCAUGGGUGUUGAUUGUGGAUCCAAGUAAAAUGAAAUCCUUGACAACGUCAAUAUUUUCUGUGUUUAUCAUGAUGUUCUUAAUGGUCCAGUUGUGAGGAUUUUUGUUUUCUUUAUAUUGAGGUGUAAUCCAUACUGUGAAGAGGAUUUGAAGCACUUACUGAUGAAGAUCAAAGACUACACAAUUCACACCCCCAAGAAAGCGAACCUGUGUAUUUUUUGAAGCCCCUGGUGUACGGGGAAGUGCAAAGACACUGGGGGAGCUGCUAGAUGCAGGACCAGGGCCCCCCAGGGUUAUCCGCUGCCUCUACAGCCACUGCUGCUUUGGGAUCUGGAACUUGACCCAAGACCAGGCACAAGUGGAAAUGCAAGGAUGUCGAGACAGUGAUGAGCCAGGCUGUGAGUCCCCCCAUUGUGACCCAACCCCCCGAGCCCACCCCAGCCCCGGCUCUAUUCUCUUCACCUGCUCCUGUGGCACUGACUUCUGCAAUGCCAAUUACAGCCAUCUGCCUCCUUUGGGGAGCCCUGGGACUCCUGGCUCCCAGGGUCCCCAGACUGCCCCAGGCGAGUCCAUCUGGAUGGCGCUGGUGCUGCUGGGGCUGUUCCUCCUCCUCCUGCUGCUUCUGGGCAUGCUACAGCGAAAGGCCUGCAGAGUGCGAGGGGGACCAGAACCAGAGCCAGAUUCAAGCAGAGACUGGAGUGAGGAGCUGCCAGAGCUGCCAGAGCUGUGCUUCUCCCAGGUCCUGCGGGAAGGAGGCCAUGCGGUGGUGUGGGCCGGGAGACUGCACGGGGAGCCGGUAGCUAUCAAGGCCUUCCCCCCGAGGGCUGUGGCCCAGUUCCGAACUGAGCGAGCGUUGUAUGAGCUGCCAGGCCUAAAGCAUGAGCACAUUGUCCGCUUUAUCACCGCCAGCCGGGGGAGCCCUGGCCCCCUGCCCUAUGGGCCCCUACUGGUGCUGGAACUGCACCCCAAGGGUUCCCUGUGCCACUACCUGACCCAGCAUACCAGUGACUGGGGAAGCUCCCUGCAGAUGGCACUGUCCCUGGCCCAGGGCCUGGCAUUUCUCCAUGAGGAACGCUGGCAAGAUGGUCAAUAUAAACCAGGUAUUGCCCACCGAGACCUGAGUAGCCAGAAUGUACUCAUUCGGGAAGAUGGGUCGUGCGCCAUUGGAGACCUGGGCCUCGCCUUGGUGCUCCCUGGCCUCACUCAGCCCCCUGCCUGGGCCCCUACUCAACACCAAGGCCCAGCUACUAUCAUGGAGGCUGGCACCCAGAGGUAUAUGGCACCAGAGCUCUUAGACAAGACUCUGGACCUACAGGACUGGGGCACAGCCCUCCGGCGAGCUGAUGUUUACUCUCUGGCCUUGCUCCUGUGGGAGAUACUGAGCCGCUGCCCAGAUUUGCAGCCCGACAGCAGACCACCAUCCUUCCAACUGGCCUAUGAGGCAGAGUUGGGCAGCACCCCCACCACCUGCGAGCUAUGGGCCUUGGCAGUGGAAGAGAGAAGGCGCCCCUACAUCCCAUCCACCUGGCACUGCUUUGCCAUGGUAAGAGACCACAGACUGGCUGGCUGGGGACCUGGAGAAUGGGGCUGGGCAUGGCAUCAAGGACUUCUAUGCAGAGCCAGCCCAUCUACUCCUAUCUUCUGUCAUCUUCAACCACUCCUUGACUCACGUUCAGCCAGAGCCAGGCAAACUUGCUCAAACUUGCUUACAUCCUCAGUUCACUCUCUCCUACCCGAUAUCUCACACACCCAUUCUGUGCACCUGAGACACAAACCUCCUGAUCACCUUUGCCCAGUAUGUCUCAGCCCUCUUCAUCCUUGGUUAGCUCUGUUCUUCAGUUCCCUUCUCCAGGAAGCCCUCCCUGGCUUUGCUUCUGCCCUGAGUUCUACCCCCAAGAUGGUUCCUGUCCUGGUACAUUGGAGCCCAAAAUUAACUCCCCAUUCUGUCUUCUCUAUUCAUGUUCCUGCCUGUGACCCAAUAAAAGCCAGGUCUUGGCAUAAAGAAAUGACCUCACAGUGAAAUUUCAGGCAUCUGCACAAUUUCCUAACAUGAUGCCCCUUGCCCUGCUACCUGUCUGAGAUUUCCACUAAACAAGCGUCUGUUGGAUCAGGCAACAGAGGCCUAGGUGUUGUCUCCAGAAGACCCUGAUUGCUCAAGAGAAAGGAGAAUAAUUUCCCAUUAGCAUGUUAAGCUUUUUAGCAUAAUGGUGCUAAGAUGAAAAAGUGGACCCCGUGGAAGCCACCCAAAGACCCUUCCAUAGGGAACAAGGUGCAGGAAGCUGGCUUUCAGGGUCGGGGAGGAAAAGGGGACUCUAGAAAGGAUCAGAAGUGGAGUGUUGAAAACAGGGGUGUGGUGGACACUGAAGAUGCUCUUUAACCCCCGAGCACAUGGCGCCACUCAGGAUCCGGGGUCAAACCUGCCUCCUGGUCAUCCCUCCCAGGAACCUGGUGGGCUGCAGGAGCUCCUAGAGGACUGUUGGGAUGCAGAUCCGGAAGCACGGCUGACGGCUGAGUGUGUGCAGCAGCGCCUGGCCGCCCUGGCCCAUCC